CCCCCACCCCUCGAGUGACAGGCCGAACCGGCCUCUUCGGGGUGUCUAGUAGUUUCCGUGCAGCUGACGCACGCUUGCGCGCGCACAGCUGCCCGACCGCGUCCUACGCAGCAACCGCGAGCCCGCAGCCGGUGCCAGACGGUUCCCCGCGGGGGGCCGGGGCGGGGCGCUGCCGGAGCCAGGGACUCCGAGCGGAGGAGCCCCAAGGAGACCCAGCACUGACGAGUUGCUAUGGCAUCCUACUACGAGAUCCUAGACGUGCCCCGAAGUGCGUCUGCUGAUGACAUCAAGAAGGCGUAUCGGCGGAAGGCUCUACAGUGGCACCCAGACAAGAACCCCGAUAAUAAAGAAUUUGCUGAGAGGAAGUUCAAGGAGGUGGCUGAGGCCUAUGAAGUGCUGUCUGACAAGCACAAGCGGGAGAUCUACGACCGCUAUGGCCGGGAAGGGCUGACUGGGGCAGGAACUGGCCCAUCUCGGACGGAAGCCGGUGGGGGUGGGUCCAGCUUCACCUUCAGCUUCCGCAGCCCCGAGGAGGUUUUCCAGGAGUUCUUCGGGAGUGGAGACCCUUUUGCAGAGCUCUUUGACGACAUGGGUCCCUUCUCAGAACUGCAGAACUGGGCGUCUGGACACAGGCCUUUCUUCACGGUCUCUUCCUCCUUCCCGGGGCGUUCUGAUUUCUCCUCCUCAUCUUUCUCCUUCAGCCCUGGGGCUGGCGCUUUUCGUUCUAUUUCCACGUCCACCACCUUUGUCCAAGGACGCCGCAUUACUACCCGAAGGAUCAUGGAGAACGGGCAGGAACGGGUGGAAGUGGAGGAGGACGGGCAGCUGAAGUCGGUCACGAUCAACGGUGUCCCAGACGACCUGGCGCUGGGCUUGGAGCUGAGCCGUCGUGAGCAGCAGCCGUCAGUCACCUCCAGAUCCGGGGGCACACAGGUCCAGCAGAGCCUGGCCACGCGGCGUUCUGACAGCGACCUCUCUGACGACGAGGACCUGCAGCUCGCCAUGGCCUACAGCCUGUCAGAGAUGGAGGCGGCUGGGAAGAAGCCGGCAGGUGGGCGGGGGGCACAGCAGCGACAGCAGGGCAAGCCCAAGGCCCUGUACCAAGACCCGGGUGUGGGGGGCACCCUCGAGGGCGCAGGGGCUGAGGCAGCCAGACCCAGCCCUUCCCCAGAAGAGAAGACCUCUCGCUGCCUCAUCCUCUGAUGCCCAGGCACAGUCUGACUCCUGGCAGGAGACAGACAGGAGCGCGGCCUGAGUUGCGGGGCCAGCCCAGUGCCUUGCUCCCUCCGGGCACACAGGCCCAGCGGCACUCCAGCAAGGACUCGGGAUUUGCCGUGCUCCACCGCAGCUGAUAGUGCCUGGUGACUCCAGGGUGGGGUCUCGGGCAGGGGGGGGCUUGAGCAGCAGGGACGCACUUAUUCUUCCUAGGUGGGGAGUCUCUGGGGGCACUGGAGGUUUGGGGUGGGCCUGCUGUGCCCAGGUCUUUUGCCACCAGUGUUGCUGAUAAUGUCAAGGAAGGAGGACUUGGCCUGGGGUUCUCGGAGCCUGAGCCGAGUCAGCAGCUACAGUGGGGAGACUCCUUGUCCAGCUGCCGACACCCUCCCCUGGUUUCUGUGCGUGUGGAGCUCUGACCGUCUCUGUUGCUUUCCUGUGGUGCUGCUUGUCCUUCCUCGCACUGUUCUCAGCAAUUCCCUGCAGGCUGCACCGCUUGCUUUCACUGCUGUCUGGCUAGGACUCCCUCUUCCUUCCCUGAGGAGGCCUCAGUGUGGAGAGGAAGAUGCUGAGGCCCGUAGGGUCUCCCCGGGAGGCUAGCUGGGUGGGCGGGAGCCUCAGCCAUCCAGAUUCGGAGCCGGAGCCCACUCUUCUCCCUUCCUCUUGCUGCCUCAGCCUGCCCCAGGCCUCGGGACUAGGCAGAGGUGAGGCCUGUUAACCCUGGAGAGGUGGGCUAGGGCUAGGGUGACCCCGAGGGAGGCUUAGGUGGGGCCUGGCCGAGGAUCCUCCCUCACCAUGCAUCAGGGCUCAGGGAGAGGCCACAGGGCGAGCCCAGUCUGCAUGCAUGGCUCCGGCCUCCACAGCUUGCCGCUGACCCUCUCUCCUGUCGCCCCACCCUGCUCUCUCCCCAGAUGUGUUCUGAGCUGAAUGUCCAGGAUCCAGAGUUGCUGCACAGCUCCAACAGGACAGCGCCCUCCCCCGUGUGCUGGGAGGGGACCCUCAUUCCUCUCCUUCACCCGUGCAGAGUGUAGAGCUGGGCCUGGGUGGCGGGUGGGGCGGGUCUGUAGUCUCAGCCUGUAAAUUCUCCCUGGGUGUUUGGUGCUGUCCCUUGGAGACUGCAGGCUCCAGAAUGCAGUGCACCCUGCCUCCCUUCUGGUAGAUCAUGCUUGGGGGGGAAGUGGUGCAUGGUCACGGAGCUGUGCAUCUUGGGACAUGUAGUUCCAGCCCCGGUGGGCCUGUGGCUUGCUUGAGAUGGGAGCAUCUCGUCCUUUGAUUUGUCUCUGGUAGGGGUGUCGAUAAUGUGGAUGAAGGGGUUAUAGUCCAAGCUUCGGCCUCCCUGACACCUGUCGCUAGUGCUGGAUUCGAGAGUACAAAUCAGAACCCAGCGCCACCCGGGAGAGGGUCUUCUGUGGCAGGCGGGGCAGAGCCACGACGCAGGGCACAGCAGCCUGGGAGGCUGGUGGCCUGAGCUGGCGGGAGCUGGGGCGGGCAGGCCCCACCUGGAGCGUGUGGGGCCGCGACGGACGUGUGAAGGGAGCUCGGGCUUGCUGCUGCUUGUCUGGCUUUUUUGGCCUCUGACCCUGUUGCCCGUUCUUUCUCUCUAACACCACAGAUGAGCUGCCUCUCCUCCCCCCUGCCCGGGGAGCCAGAGGCCAGGGAGGGGAGUGGUGGAGCCGGGGUGUUGCCUGCCCCGGUGACAUUUCAGAGACUUGUAGCCAGCUUGGCUUUGGGCUGAGCUCAGAAGAGAGGGGAACACUGGAAGUCAAUAAAACUUGAGUUUUGAGAGCU